UAGGAUUUCCCUCAACCCAGCUGCUUGAUUUUUGAUUCCAAGUGUGUCUCUGUUGCUCUCUCUUGAUUCCUUUCUUCUCCGCGAUGCGAUGGUUACACACAAAUCUCCUUCCAAGUCCGAUCCUCUCUAGCUCUCUACAAACCCAGUAAAAAAGCUUGGCAAACCAAAGCCCCAGCGAUUCGAUUCACAAUCAUUUCAAUUUUUGUUCUAUUUUUUCAAGUUUUUUCAUUCUCAAUACUACUGUAAAACAAAUCAAAGCAAGCAAAAGGGGAGGAUAGGAGAGGAGAAGAGAGAGAGAGAGAGAGAGAGAGAGAGACACACACACACACACACACAGAGCAUGGGGAGUCUAUUCGCAUGGUUGUUGUUCUUCUUCAUCCUCAUCGCUCUUCUCGCCAUUGUCGUUUACCAGCUCAUGUGUUUGGCUGAUUUGGAGUUCGAUUACAUCAACCCAUAUGAUUCUGCAUCUCGGAUAAACAAGAUGGUUUUGCCAGAGUAUUUCACCCAAGGAGUCUUGUGUUUGCUCUAUCUAAUAACUGGGCAUUGGUUUAUGUCGCUUUUGAGUGCUCCAUACCUGUACUACAAUGUGAGAUUGUACAAUCAAAGAAAGCACCUGGUAGAUGUAACUGAGAUUUUCAACUUGCUUAAUUGGGAAAAGAAGCAACGACUUUUCAAACUUGGCUACCUCAUAUUUCUCCUCUUCAUCUCCUUAUUUUGGAUGAUUUGGAGCGCAUUGGAAGAGGACGAGCGGGAUUUCUAACUUACAUUCUCACACUGAAAGGAGAAAGCAUUGGGUGCCAUGAGCAACCAAUGCCUGUUUUGGAGCAAUAGAACCCAUGAUGCUGUUUUAUUUUUUUGAGGCUAGGUCCAAUGUAUUUGAUGUAAUUUGAAGUGUUGCAGAGUUUAUUGUUAGGCUACCCCUGGUUUCAGAUUUGAUUGUGAUGCCAUUUUCUUAUAGUGUUGUAUGAUUGGCAGAUAUUUGUUGAUUUUUGUCCAAUGAACGGUUUGGGGCAAGUGUUAAUUGAAAGAAUUGUAACCUGAGCUUUUUAUUUGACUCAUCUUUUUUCUUUUUUUUCUUUCUUUUUUUUUAGCAUAACUAUUGAAGUGGUCUGAGAACAGCUCUGUUGCCACCCUUCUUCCUGCAUUUUAUGUGAAAGGUGAUCUUUUGAUUUA